AUGGCAGCGACUGUUGGUCUAGCCGUCGCUAUCUUUCUGAUGGGUUUUGGUUUGGCAAUUGUACAUGGCCAACACGUGAACACGUUCUGCAUAUUGCAAUACUGCUCGUCAGAAAUGAGCGCGUGCGCCUUGGACAGGAACUGCAAAUUGGCAUUGGCGUGCGUGCAAGAUUGUGCGUCCAACCUAACCUGUUCGUUCGGCUGUCUGAAUUCCUACGAUGAUGCCGAGUUUGACGCUUUCAUGAAGUGCACUGCCACCGAUCAUGACUGUAUCCAGCUGAGCCCUGACACACCUACCCAAUGUCAUCCACCAGCUACUACUCUGACCAACUUUACCUUGGAGGACAUAAAAGGCGUCUGGUACACCGUCAAAGGCUACUGUCCGGCAUCUGACUGCUUUAACUGCCAAACAUCCACUUACACCAUCGGUCCUCAACCCCUCCAAGGACAAGUAACCUGGAAGUAUGACGUCAUUGCUUCUGACGGCACCCUCCGUCAUUUGCAGACUGUGGAAACAUUUAUUCAACCGGAUUCUCAAAAUGGCGGUAUUCUGAACAUCACACGUACCCAGUUCGGACUUGACGGACAAGAACAGUACCGUAUCUUGGCUUUUUCUGGUGACGAUGGCUAUAUUUUUGUGUAUCACUGUGCAAAUAUGGGCGGUAUUGUUUAUGAAGGGGCAUUCGUCUAUUCACGAACGCGAACGCUGACGUCGUCGGCGCUAAGUCAGCUGAUGUCACGCGCCGAAGCCUACGGAUACAACAUCACCACCUUUUGUUCCCCUAACACAUCUGGAUGUACCUCGGUGGAGUGA